GCCGCGGCGACGUCUCCGCGCUCUGCCUCCGCGGGAUUUUAACUCUUAUUACCGCCUGAUUCCCUCGCCGUGAGCACCCCCCCGGCCCCCGGAGCUCGCUCACCCCGUCACACUCGCACAGACGCCGCGGACAAGGUGUUGUGGAGAAAUGUACAGAGAGGGGAGGGUAAAAAAAAGAAUAAUAUCUCAUGUUAUUCAGCGUGACCCAGCAGAAAAUGUCUUUUCCUCUCCGGUUAUGAGUUUUCGACUGGAGGCAGCGAGCCAACGCCGAGCGUAGUGACCGUCGAGAGGAUGCAACGGGUCACACUCUCUCCCUCGUGUUUCUCCUGAGCGGCGAGGAUGGGUCAGAGGAGGAGAUCAUGCCGGUGAGACAAAGAAACAGCAGCGCUCAACCCCGGAAAACUCCCCGCGAACACGCCGACUGACGCGACCAUGCCCCGCCUGCCCCCGUGAUUCUACCCCCCGCCCCCCCGACCUUUGCACCGUCCCCUCGGUCCAAUCAGUGCCGCGGCCCGAGCCGCCGCUACAACAACUCCCGCGCAAAGUCGGCCAUGGCGACGCCCUUCCUGUGGAAGCUGUCGUCCCAGAAGCUGGGCUUCUUCCUGGUCAGCUUCGGGUUCAUCUGGGGCAUGAUGCUGCUGCACUUCACCAUCCAGCAGCGGGCCAGCCAUGAGAACAGCGCCGUGCUGCGGCAGCAGAUCCUGGACCUCAGCAAGCGCUACAUCAAAGCGCUGGCGGAGGAGAACCAGAGCGUCAUGGACGGGCCGUACGUCGGCACCAUGACGGCUUACGACCUGAAGAAGACCCUGGCAGUGUUGCUGGACAACAUCAUGCUGCGGCUGGGCAAGCUGGAGUCCAAGGUGGAGAACAUCUACAACGGCACGGGGGGAAACCUGACCAACGGCACCAGCACCGCCACACCCAGCACCACCAACUCAGAGAAGGUGAACGUGGCAGACCUCCUGAACGGAGCCCAGGAGAAGUGUGAGCUGCCGCCUAUGGAUGGUUUCCCUCACUGCGAGGGGAAAGUCAAGUGGAUGAAGGAGAUGUGGCACUCAGACUCCUGCUAUUCCAACUACGGCGUGGACGGAUCCGCCUGCUCCUUCUUCAUCUACCUGAGUGAGGUGGAGAACUGGUGUCCCCGCCUGCCCUGGAGGACCAAGACCCUGAAUGAGGAGAUAGACCGGAGGGGACAGGCGGAGUUCCGCACCAGUUUCGACGAGCUUUACCGGGUGAUGUCACAGCGGGAGGAGUUCCGCUGGAUGAUGCUGAGGAUCAAGCGCAUGGCCGAGCCGUGGGUCAGCGCCAUCCGCUCGCUGGCGGCCAAGCAGAACCUGGCCAAGCGGCGGAGGAAGAAGGUCCUGGUUCACUUGGGCCUACUGACCAAGGAGUCAGGCUUCAAGAUCGCGGAGAACGCCUUCAGCGGCGGCCCGCUGGGCGAGCUGGUGCAGUGGAGCGACCUCAUCACCACGCUGUACCUGCUGGGCCACGACGUCCGCAUCUCAGCCUCCCUGGCCGAGCUCAAAGAGAUCAUGCGUAAGGUUAUGGGGAACAAGUCAAGCUGCCCCACUCAGGGCGAUAAGGUGGUGGAGCUCAUCUACAUCGACAUCGUGGGACUCACUCAGUUCAAGAAGACGCUGGGACCGUCCUGGGUCCACUACCAGUGCAUGCUGCGGGUGCUGGAUUCGUUCGGGACGGAACCGGAGUUCAACCACGCCCACUACGCCCAGUCCAAGGGUCACAAGACGCCCUGGGGGAAGUGGAACCUCAACCCACAGCAGUUCAACACCAUGUUCCCUCACACCCCGGACAACAGUUUCCUAGGCUUCGUGGUGGAGCAGCACCUCAACGCCAGCGACAUCAGGCACAUCGACGACAUCAAGAGACAGAACCAGUCGCUGGUCUACGGCAAGGUGGACAACUUCUGGAAGGACAAGAAGAAAUACCUGGACGUGAUCCACAGCUACAUGGAGGUGCACGGCACCGUGCACGGCACCAGCACCGUGCACCUGCCGAGCUACGUGAGGAACCACGGCAUCCUGAGCGGCCGCGACCUGCAGUUCCUCCUGCGAGAGACCAAGUUGUUUGUGGGUCUGUCCUUCCCCUACGAGGGUCCCGCGCCGCUCGAGGCCAUCGCCAACGGCUGCGCCUUCCUCAACCCCAAGUUCAACCCACCGAAGAGCAGCAAGAACACGGACUUCUUCAAGGGCAAACCCACCCUGAGGGAGCUCACCUCUCAGCAUCCGUACGCUGAGGUGUACAUCGGUCAGCCGCACGUGUGGACGGUUGACAUCGACAACUCCGCCGAGGUGGAGCGAGCGAUCCGCUCCAUCCUCAGCCAGAAGAUCGAGCCCUACCUGCCCUACGAGUUCACCUGUGAGGGGAUGCUGCAGAGAGUCAACGCCUUCAUCGAGAACCAGGACUUCUGUCACGGUCAGGUGAUGUGGCCGCCGCUCGGCGCCCUGCAAGUCAAACUGGCCGAGCCCGGUCGCUCCUGUAAGCAGGUGUGUCAGGAGGAGCAGCUCAUCUGUGAGCCGUCCUUCUUCCAGCACCUCAACAAGGACAAGGACCUGGCCAGGUUUGGCGUGGACUGUCAGUCGGUGGAGUCGAGCGCGGACACGGUGGUCCCGGCGUACAGCGACGCCCAGCGCCACUGCAUCUUCCAGUCCGACCUGCUGCUGUUCAGCUGCGCCGGCGCCCACCAGACGCUGCGGCGCAUCUGCCCCUGCCGCGACUACAUGAAGGGCCAGGUGGCGCUGUGCAAAGACUGCCUAUAGCACGCGCACGCACGCCGGCGAGGGGCGCGGCCAGGACGCAGACGUGGGGGCGGGGUCAAAGGAUGGGCGGAGCAGCUAAAACGAGUGUGUGAGCGUGUUUGAGACACACACACCGGAGUCCUUCAUGUUUUCAUGAGACUGUUUAUUCCUCAUCGACAUUUUUUUUUUUUUUCAAUCGCUUGAAUCAACGAUGGGAGUCUUGUUCUGCACAUAUCAGUUCAACAGGGCAGCGAGGCACCAGGGAGACGCCCCGCCCCCUUCCUGACAGCCGCCCUGCCCCCUCCAUCCACCGUCCCGCUCAAAUCUGAAACUGCUUAUUGUUUAGGUAGGUUUGCACUGGACUGGCCUGCCUGAAGGGCCAAGCCCCCAACACGCACGUAUAUAUACACACACACAAACAUAUAUAUAUACACACAAAGUGGGUGGGGCCUAACAGACGGCGGCUAAAGACAUACCAGUUCUACACUGUAACCGACUUGUUCCUCUCGUGUGGACAAACGUGACGAGAGAGAAACAUGUAUCAGAGAUUAAUCUAGAUUUAUAUUCUGGAAGUUUUAUCGUUCCCGGACACAGACACCCCCCCCCCCCCGACACAAGAGUGUGGACGAGGUUCCGCCGGAUCGGCGUCUUAUUUAAAGUUGUGAAGAGAACCGAGUGUGUGUUUCUGUAAAAGGCCAGUAGAGAGUCAUAGAAGCUGUUUCAGCAUCAUACGGUACGACACACACACACACACACACACACACACACAGACAGACACACACACACACACAGACACACACACACACACACACACAGACACAGACACACACACACACACAGACAGACACACACACACACACACGAGAGAGAGAGGGAGGGGAGGGUCGUACUGAGUCGCCGUGUCGUAGGGUGUCGUGACGUCGUGUCGUAGAGAAACAUGAAGCCUCACCCAGAUGUUAGUCUGAGUCUUUAUGUACACAAAGUUAAACACACACACAUACGCGACACACACACACUCAUGAGCGACACACACGCCAACAUAGUUCCCUCUUCGUUCCCUCCCGUCAGGAUCGUAAUUUGCGAAAGGAAAAAGAAAUGAGUCGUGUAAUUCUUUUGUGAAUGAGAAACGUUUGAGGAGAAUCUUAGUGACACUGUAUAUUGUUCAUAUGGGUUUAAAGUUUCUUUUUUAUUUAUUUUAUAUACAGAUCUUUAUCUCGGUUUUGUUUUUUAUUUAUAGGAGGGGGAGUUCUUUUUUUUUGAUUUUCCUUUUUAUAGAUUUUUAUUUAUGGAGAGUAAUAAAAAAGAGAAGCAGCAGCGAGUUCAUCUUGAAGCGUACGGAGUUGGAGACCGUUCGUCCGCUUCUGUUCCUCUUUAAAACGUGAUGGGAAGAAGAAAAGGCCCAAUUAAACACUAGAGGGAAAAUAGCGAUUCAUUACUUUAUUGAUUAAAAAACAGAACCUAAAUCUUCCUCCUCUCGUCACCGCCUCUACAAGAGGAACAGAAGCGGAGAAACGUUUUCUUGUGAGAAGCAGCAGCCGCCUCGUCGAACACUUUGAUUUUUCCAAUCUGGAGCUUUUGGUUUUGCACAAACAGACUGAUGAUAUUCACCGUCUCACUGCGUCUGCUCACACUGUCCAAUAUGAUUAUUAUUUCUUUUUAAAGCUUCUUCAUUCAGGUCGGAGAUCUGACGCCAACUUCGUGUCUCAGACAUCAUGAUGUGCCUUUUUUUCUUCUUCUACAGUUCAGUUUGUUUCUGCUUCUUUGUCCCGUCACGUUAAAUCCAACGACACAAACUUUUUCUCUCCGCAGAGAAUCAUUUUAUUUUCCCUGAAAUUAUUUUAAUUCCGUUUAUUUUUCACUUAAGAUGAGGAAACGUCCUCGACCCAAACCGUCUAAUUUAUUUAGUAAAACCACACCGACUGAUUUCACUGAGAAACGGUGUUAAUUGUUAGUGGAUUUAUAUUUUCCCCAUUCCAGCAAUAUUGUGAUUUCAGAAACAUGUCCGGUCUGUGACGCGACACACGACAGAUGUUUUCUGACUCAUCGUUCGAGUUUCACAGCGACGGUGCGACAAAUGUUUUUAUCAGCAGAUCCCAUGAAAAGACCGAAACCAACAAGCUUCCUACUGAAGAUUUUCCCUCUUUAAAAACCUGAUAGGAACAAAAUGAUCUCAUUUCUAAAGCUGAGAUUUUUCUCAUGUGAGCUGGCAGGAAAAACACUCGCAGCUCUUUGGUUUGGUCUUUGAACGGGUUCCGAGUCUGAAGUCGUCUCUUCUCCGCAGAGCAGCUGACAGUUGAACCUGUUUGGUUGCCUUAUGUUCUUUCUGUUGUUCCGAACACGCUGUCGAUCACGUUAUCAGCCGUUUGCUUUUCAAGAGAAAUCAACUGCUGAGCGGACCGAUCAUCAUAUCUCCGUCUUUGUUGUAAAUCUGCUUCUCAACAGACACGCAUCAGUCGGCGGUUUCUGACGAAAGAGGUGAACGACGCAGUGACGGUUUCUUUUUGUUUUCACAGUCCUUGAUGAGUAAAGAGGGAUAUAACUUUAUUUUUAAAUAAACCUUUUUUCUGUGA